AUGGUGGUUUACACGGCUGAGGCUUGGACACUCAAGGCGGUGCCAGCCGCUGAUGUCAUCCUAGCUGUGAAGUUGCGGCAUGGAACCAGAGCCUACCCUACGAAGAUCUAUAUGAUCUCAGGGCUCUGCCCAGGCCACUAUCACCUCAUCCUGCAGAGGGAGGAUGGCUUGCAUCUUCGUGACCCCUCUGUGAACCAGGCCUGCCAGCUGCAGCCUGUGCUGCCCAGCCCCGCUGGCCUGCUUCUCCUCGGAAAGAAGAUGUCACCCAGGAACCCUAACUGGAAACCGGAUAGUUACCAGGGCACCCAAAACCCAAUAUUUGGUUAUUACUUCAUCCUUGACCUUCAUUCCAUUCAUUCCCAGCUGCAGACAGUAGGAUUUGGCCAGGGGGCGAGGAAGGAGGAGGGAGGGAAGAGGGAAGCUGGGGAGUGGGAGGGCGUCCUCCACGACCGCUUGGGUCCUCCGCUGGGCAGCCUCGGAGAGGGUCGCUGCAGGGCCCGGAGUCGCCUGGAUCGCAGCGCCAUCUCGUGGCUGCUGGCAGGUCUGCCUUGGGCCUUCUUGGCGCACGUAGGAAACAGGAGCUCUUCCCAUCAGUGGCAGGUGCCCGCCGGCCCGCACCCAGGAGAAUGCUCCAGUGUCACCAGUGACUCCUGCUCCCACAUCUGCCUGCAGGAAGCCCUCUUGGAACAAAAGCAUCUCACUUCUGGGAGGCAUCGAGGUUCAGACAGUGCCCGGUCAAGGAGGGGAGAAGAACCCGGAACUGGCCCCAUCUUAAGGCUGUCCUGUGACUUGUUUUGGCCAAUGGAAUAUGAGAGCAACACUAGCAGGAGCUUUAAAUGGGUUUGUGUGUUUUGGCUUCAUCUCUUGAGCUUUACUGGUCAUGAGGAGAGCUUGUCCUGAGUGUCUGCUAGAGCUUGUCUUGAGUGUCUGCUAGUCCCAGGAUGAAGACCCACAGCCUGAAGCAGAGCCACAACAUCUGAUGUGCAGGCUAUUGAAUCAGAAAUAAAUACAAUUGCCAUCUGA